GUGCUGCGUAAAGAGGCCACGUGCUGGCCAGGGCGCGGGAGCUGCUGCCCAGUCAAGGAGGCUGCGUGGUGUGACUCCAUCUCAACCGUGUGGUCCUGGUGAACACAUGAAGUCCCACCGCGUGCAGCGAGGAAGAGUCAUUGGGAGGAAGGGAUGCGGCAUAGCCUUUCCGGGGAUGCUUGGCUCCCCAGCAGCACCCAGCACCCGAGGGGUUAAAACAUCUCGGAGCUCCAGGCAGCUUUACCAGCCCCCCAGGAUGUUUUGCUGCACCAGUGGGACAAGCCUGACUGGUCUUGCUGGCCUGGCCUGGCUGUGCUAGGGGCUGCUUGCCAAGAGGGGGGGAAAGAGAAUUGAAAUGUUUCCAAAAUUCGAAUGUUUGGAAUUGAAAUAUUUCACAGGUGCAGCGGGGUCAAAUCAGCUGCUAAAUGUCUUCUUCAAAGCCUGGGGUUGGGGGCCACCAGCCUGGCCCAGGUUUUGGAGAGCCUACAGGCAUCAAAAGCCCGGAGGGGAGGUGAUAGUAGUGCCCCACCAUGCCCUGUCCCUUUGGGGUUGCCAGGCUAGGUGUACCCCAAGUGCUUCUGGCAGUCCCCCUUUUGUGGUGAUCCCUAUUUCGUGGUGGCUCCUAUUUCGUGGUGGGCCUCAUUUCGUGGUGGCCCCCACGGUGCAGAUGGCUGGGGGGUACCAGAACCCUGCAGGAAGGAGCAAAGGAGAGCCAGGAUCCAGCUCCCCAGGACAAAGAGGGAUAUGAGAAUCCUCUCCAAGGGGACGGGGGGGACAAUCCCUGAACCCCCUCACAGCCCCCCCCCCCCCCCUUUCUGGCACUGCACACCACCCCACCCCCCCUUUUUUUUUGGGGGUGGGGGUGGGAUGACCUUGGGUCCGGGUUUCUUCCCUCCUGGAUGUCCGGGAAGGUCUGAGCCGGCUGUGAAGUUCUUUUAGGGGGUGUUGGGGGGUAACCGGGGUUGGGAUCUUCCCGCCCCCGCCACGAAGGAGGAGUUAUUUGCCACGCAGAAGAAAUCGAAAGUGCUGCCGGGCGUGCCCGCCCCCCCCCCCCCUCCCCGCCAUGGCCACCGACGGUUGCGGCACCCGGUUCCUAGAAGAGGACAUGCAGUUCAUCCUUUGCGAGGGCUGCAAGCAGGAAUCGCCCGACCUCAAGCUCCUCACCUGCCUCCACACCUUGUGCCUCGGUUGCCUGAUCAAGAACAACCCAAUUAGGCAGUGCCCUUUGUGCCAGACGGCCAUCCCGCAGGCCAGCGGCGUCCCCGGCACAGACAACCUGCUCUUCACCAACCUGCGGGUCAGGCUCAAGGUCUACAAGAAGAUUGUUGACGGAGUUGACUUGUUCUGUGACAACUGCAAGAAAGCCGGUGAGUUCUGGUGCUCUGAGUGCGAGGAGUUCCUCUGCAGCAAGUGCUUCAAGGCCCACCAGCACUACCUGAAGAGGGAGAGCCACGAAGCCAAGAGGCUGAUGGACAUCAGGGCAGGGUCUGCUAAGGAUUUCCUUGAGGGCACCAGGAGGAUUGAUAAAUUGUCCUGCUCCAACCCAACCCACAAGAGCCAGACUGUAAGCAUCUACUGCAACAAGUGCUGCAAGCCUAUGUGCUGCGUCUGCGCGCUGCUGGACAGCCAGCACGCCUCCUUCUGCGACAUCCACAGCGAGACCCGGCGCAGGCGGGAGGAGCUGGUCACCGCGAGCCAGGAGCUGAAGCAGAAGCGAAGCGGCUUCGAGGCCGCCUACGAGGUGCUGCAGGCUGAGGCCGCCCGGCUGGAGCAGGCGCAGCGGGAGAUGCGGGAGCUGAUCCGGCAGCACGUGGAGCAGCUGGUGCGGCUGAUCCGGCGGGAGGAAGAGGAGCUGCUGGGGCUGGUGGAGGCGCGGCAGGAGCAGGGCCGGCGGGAGCUGGCGAGGGAGCUGCGGCGCGUGGAGGGGGUGCUGCGGCGGAUGGAGGCGAGCGAGCGGCUGGUGGAGAAGAUGAGCCUCUACGCCACGGAGCAGGAGGUGAUGGACAUGCAGCCCUUCAUCAGGGACUCGCUGGGGGAGCUGCAGCGGCUGCAGCCGCCGGCGGCCAGGGACAGAGUGCAGCCCGGGGACUUUGCUGAGUGCAGGGCCAGGCUGCAGGAGCUGGUGGAGCGCGUCACGGGGCACCCAGAAGCUUCCCCAGCUCCAGCCAUGGAAAACUCCCACCAGGUCUCCAACUCCAUCCCCGCAAAGAGGAAGGAAGUCCAAAAUGCAACCAUCCUGACACUGCCAGUGAAGCUAGUAAAGGUUGAAGACAACGAUGACGGGUGGAACCAGCCUGUGCCGCAGCAGCCAAGCUGCUCGGACCAGCCUGGGACCAGCUGUUUGGUGUCCCCCAAAGGUUUGGUGACUCUCUCCAAGGAGGACAGUUGGCUGGAAGGUGUGCCAGAUGGCAACGGUGGGCUGCACGACUCAGAUAGCAAUAUUCUCUGCUUGGACAGCUUUGAGGAGGACAGCACUGAUGAUGAGUUGAUGGUGAGUGCAGCUAAAGGGAUUUCAGUGCUUGGCCCUGCAUUGCUCAGCGUUUAAGCCAAGAAGGCUGGACCGCUUGGUGCUUCCAGACCUUCAGGACCAUCCCACAGUCCCCCUUAGAGCCUGGCAAGGAACUUGUGACAUCCUUCCUGGGUGCCAAAAUAAAUCCUCUCUAGGUCUCCUCCAUGUUUGGGGGAACUGGGCUGCCCAGCAGCUUGGAGACGUCGGUAGAUACCAGCUUGGUGAUGCCAAGGUGGUGAGCAGUCAGAACGAAGGCCAGCAAGAAGGGGCAGUCCAAAACCUCGCUUUCUUUUUGAGGCUACGGAUGGAUGGGGUUUUGUUGUUACUUUGCAGCACUGAGCAGUUCCCAUGACAGUCUGCGUGACCAAAAGCUUGUGACCAGCUCUUCAGUGGAGGUUUUAGAAACAGGCAGCUUCCCUUUGCUGGGUUAGGUAGGUCCUUGGCUCACAGCCAGAGGGGAGAUGAUGGCUAGCCCCAACUUUUCUGUCACUUUUGAGCAGAAAGCCAGUUGGGAAGGAUCCAAGUGAGCCGUCCCCUGUGGACGUGCAUGGAGUAUGCAAGUCACUGCAUUUUGUGGUGCAAAGGAAGCAAGUCUUCAUGACCAACCAGAGGGGCUUAUUACACCCUAAGUCCUCUAGUAGGCAGUUUGAGUAGAUCCCUGGGCUUUGGUAACAUCCAGGACACACGAGUACCCAGCGCUGCUGUCCUGGUUCCUCCUGUGACAUUUAUUAAAAGCAAAUUGUGUGCUCUUCCAGGACUCCAGUCUGCUCCAGACCUCAGCAACAUCCUUGAUGAGAGCACCAGCAAAGACUACCUGGGCCUUCCCAUCAGCAGCCAGAACACACUGGACACAAGACAGGGAUCUCUGGUCUUCUUUGACUUGAAGAUUUUGCAUGAGAUUCUAAGCGGGGAGGUCCCAUGUUGCAGCCAGCUCAGAUCCCUACAUCUGUCAGUGUCUCUUUUUUUUGGGGGGGGUCGAAGUUCAGGCAUGUUUAUCAUGACCUUGGCUGUGUAAGGGAGAAGACAAUAUCCUGAGCUCCCAGGAGGCCUUGCCUUUGAGUUUCAGGAUAUCUGGAGGAAUGUGGAGCCUGUUAGGGCCAUGGGGAGAUUUCUUUGAGGUUGCUCGGCCAGUUAACCAGCCCUUGAGCCAUUGUGUCAACGUGGGCUCUCCUGCUUCUCCUUCCCAUGGGCGGAUCUCUCUUGAGGGAGGUGAAUUUUACAUUUCAAGCCCCUCUCUUUAGUCCACCUACAAAAAACGGUAAAGUCCCUCAUGUUCCUGGUAGGGGGAAUGAUCCCACUGCAGGAGGUGUUAGUGUUGAUGGGAAGGACACUCCUGAAGGGCUUUGGAGAUGCUGGAAGCUGAGGGUGUGACUGAAUGGUGAAGAUAGGUGAAAUGAUGGAUCAGUUCCCCAGCUGCUAUCGAUGGUGAAGGCUGUUAGAGGCUGAGCAACUCGAUCAAUACUUUGUUUUCAUACUGAACAGGACACUAAUUCUGACUUUCCUCCCUCUCCAAUCCUCUUUCCCUUCCCCUUCCUCUUC